AUGCAUAUUAGCAGUAAAAUAAUAUUAAAGUUAUUAUUUUAUUACUUUAAAAUUCUCGGUUUCAUGCCGUACGUUUACUACAAACCUGGAAUAUUAAAAAGAUCUAUAAGUGCAACUAUUUACACCGUGAUCCUCACAUUAGGAUACAGUAAAAAUGUGAUGAAUGUUAUGUUGUCAAGAUCAUCAUUUAUACGUCCACGAGAAACAAUCCUCGCCGUUAUUGUCGACUUUGUCAGUCUUAUGUUAGAUUACAUCGCAAUAUCAAUGAUUUGGAUUUAUUCAAUAACCCGUUUUAAUCAAGUACAAGAUAUCUUAAAAUUGUUUCUAAAAACUUUAGAAAGUACAUCGGUGAUAAUGAAAAUUAAGAUGACGAAAAUUUAUGAUGAUAUACUGCGAGAAAUGUUUGUUUUUGUAUUAUUUUUGAACAUAUUAUUUAUAAUUACUGUAACAACCGAUUUGAUAGUUUGCUAUGGGGAAAUUAAAGACUACGAUUUUCCUGUUUGGACUUUAUUCAAUUAUCCACGAAUUAUACCGCUGAAUUACGCAAUGAUACAUAUAUAUUUUAUAAAAAUUUUAGGAAGACAUUUUUGUCUUCUAAACAAAAACAUUGGUUACCUGCCUGAAGUAUAUGUUGACGAAGAUUCUUCAAUGGAAAUAAUUAAAAUAAGGUUGAAGCCACGUGAGAUAGAUGAAAAAUUACGAGAGUUUGAUAAACUUGAUCUGGAACUCAGAAAUCAAAUAAAAAUGUCAAACGAGAUAUUCGCGUUACCAUUUAUCACAGUGUUAUUGCUUCAAUUUACACAUUCAAUUUUCAAUUCGUAUUUAUUCAUGAAUUCCAUAAUGAAGAAAACUUUUUCUUGGCCAAUUUUGAUUAAUGUCAGUUGGGUUUUAAUGCGAAUGUUACUAUUACUUUCUUUUAUUGAUAAUUGUCACACAGUAUGCGAAGAGGCAAAUAAAAAAGUGAAAAUUUUGCAUGAGUCGUGGGCUUUGAAACGACUGGAUGGUUUCAAAGAAAUGUUGAAAAGUAUUUCUCUGCACCAACUUCAAGAGCCUGUAGAAAUAAAAUUUCACGAUGCAUUGAAACUGAACCACGAGUUGUUUUAUAAAAUGGCUGGCGUAACUACGACGUAUUUGAUAAUUAUGAUACAACUUGAUCAACAAGUACAAAAUCGUCAUAAUCACCAGAUAUAA